AUGGAAUAUGCACAAAAACUUUUUGGAAAAAAGAUUAGCCCGGAUGAAAUGGUAAAAAAAUGGCAGCGGGAUAUUAGAACACAACAACGCGUACUUGAACGUCAAAUAAAGGAAUUUGGUGAUGUAGAAAAAAAAACCACAAAUCUUUUAAAGCAAAACGCAAAAAAAAAUGAUGCGAAUGCCUGUAAAAUUUUUGCGAAAGAACUGGCCGGUAUCAUUGAUGAAAUGAUAGAAGACACAUUUGAAUCAUUUGAAGAUAGUGAUAUUGAAGAGGAGGCAGAGGAAGAAGUCAAUAAAGUUCUUUUUGAACUCACUGAUGGUUUAAUUGGUGAAGCCGGUGAAGUCGGUGCUCCACUAGAUCUAAACGUUGAAGAGGAAGAGGAAGAACCGGAACUUAACGAAAUGCAAGCCAGGCUACAAGCAUUAAAAUC